ACCUAUUGUCAUCCUUCUGCUGUUGUUCUACGUACUUUCCUGUUCUGGUUGAUCAAGAUCAACCCUUCUAAGUCUGAAUGCUUCCUGAGCGCUCUGGACAACUUUCCUUCUCCAGCUUCUGGAUUGGAGAGCCGGUUGAGGCGUUGCUCCCACUGAGUUCAGGACAGCUAAUCCCUUGCUAGCAUGAACACAACUGGCGGUUGCAUGUCAUCCAUGCCGUUAGGUAACGACUCCAUCUUACGAGCUCCUUACAUCGCUGCCGAGCUGCUAAUAGCACUGGCCGCAGUCAUCGGGAACCUCCUGGUGUGUCUGGCAGUGAGGUGGAAUCGGAAACUCCAGACCGUCACCAACUACUUCCUGGUGUCGCUGUCGGUAGCAGACAUCUUGGUGGGGCUGUUAGCGAUUCCCUGUGCCGUGCUGACGGACCUGGGUCGACCCCACAACGACCUGCCCCUCUGCCUGGUCCUGCUCAGCAUACUCAUGGUGCUCACCCAGAGCUCCAUCCUCAGCAUGCUGGCGGUGGCAGUGGAGCGCUACGUUGCUAUCCUGCGUCCCUUCCACUACCAGCGGGUCAUGAGCCCCAGGAACGCCCGGUUGGCUCUGCUCCUCACCUGGAGUCUGGCGCUAGUCUCGGGCUCCGUGCCCAUCAUGGACUGGCAAAGCCAGAACCACAACGCUGGCUACUGCCUCUUCACCUGCGUGGUGGACAUGUCCUACAUGGUCUACUUCAACUUCUUCGGCCUCCUCCUCCUCCCGCUGCUCGUCAUGUUCAUCAUCUACGCCCACAUCUUCUACACCAUACGGCACCAGCUGCGACGCAUCGCCAUGGCCAGGGGGUCGCCCUCCUCCGAGGCCGGCCCCACGCCCUCGGCGGGGGUCUCCGUCACCGGGGACGGGGUCACGCGAGGCCCCGAGACACGGGCCGACGGGGCCGAGCAGGGGGCCCCCACCCUGGGUGCUGCGGACUCCGGGGUGGGUGGGGGCGCAGUCGGGGGGAGUGGACCAAGAAUCACCCCGAGAAGCGUUGGAGCCGAGGUGGUGGGCUUCUCUUCCGGGGGGGCCACUCGGUUCAGGUUUGGAGAGGGUAAGAGGGUCAGGGUUGGGGCCGCCGUGGAUGGACCAGAUGCAGUGGUUGAGGAGGAGGAGGAGGAGGAGGAUGGACACGCCAGGUUAAAGGCUGUCAUGGGGGGAGCUGAAGCUGGGGCGAAGAGAGCUCGGAGCAGGCCUGUGGACCGGGCCUCCAGAGGGGGCGUUGGUAAGACGACACCCAGGUUAGAGGCUCUGCGCGAGGCAGGGGGCGCGCGAGAACCAGACCCGGGUGAACCAGCAGGCGCAGCGGCCUCCAAACAAAUGGCAAGCGGGGCUCGAACCCAGUCCUUUGGACCGCUCAUCCAAACAAAGACUACUACCGUGUUCCGGAAGAUGUCGAGGCAGUCUACUAGGACUUCCUGCUCCGGUUCGGACGACCGCUCCUCGGGGUCGACAGUAGAGUCCAACAAACCCAGCACUGCGCGAGCCCGACUGGAAAUCCAGAAGGCCACCUCCCUCUUCCUGGUGCUCUUCCUGUUCAUGGUGUGUUUGAUGCCCAUCCACCUCAUCAACUGCAUCCUGCUGCUCCGGCCGCAGUGCCCCGUCCCCAUGAGCAUCACACUGGCGGCCAUUUUGUUGUCUCACGCCAACUCGGCGCUGAACCCCCUGCUGUACGCCUACAGGAUGAGGUCCUUCAGGCACACACUCAGAGGAAUGUGCUCGCGGAGAAGUACACCAAAGCACCAAUAGAGGGCAGUAAAGGGUUUCGUGCAUACAGAAACCGAGGUUUCUGUGAUAUGAUCAUAUGACACCUUUUUCCUCAAUUAUAGCUGAAAGGUGGCUCUUAAAUCUUACCUACAGCAUCUUUUGACGGUUUUUUACUCUGUGUGACUUAAGUAAGUGUGUAAAAACCAGGACAAUUACAAUUUGAAAUUACCAAGCCUACAGCAAGUUUUUGCUACACAAAUCUCAGAAUUCUGAUUUUAAACUUUUAACAUGUGGCCCAAAUUCUCUUUCGUAGCUUUUCAUACUGUAUAGUGAAACUUUUUUUGGUCUAGUGUCUUGUUUAUUAGAGACACUGUUUAGCUAAGAGACAGACAAAAACAUAAAAAAAACUGCAGAGCAUCAUUGACGAAAAACAUGGGCCAAAAUUAUCUUUCAUUAAUAACGGUUAACAACAACAUCACAACAAACACUUAAACACUUCAACAUAACUGCGUGCUUUAUUGAUAUACAGUAAAGCAUUUUAUAAUACAGUAGUAAGGCAUAUAUUUGGUGGAAUCUGAUAUGUUGUGGAGUAUCGAUGAGUAAUUGAAGGGCGGAAGAAAAAAAACAAAAAAAACAUGGCGGGGUUGGGGAGAAAGAAAUUAAAUAAGGUUAAAAUGAAACAUUAUAACUCAAUCGGAGACCCAGUGUGUGAUUCAAAGCACCUGAUCAUGCUCAGAGUGUGACGUAUCGACGGUGCUGAUUGCAUCUGCACGAUUUUUUCCAGAACUGUCCCGCGUUGAAGAAAACAAAGACUGCAUUAGGUCACACAUGCUGAAAUAAACACCUCACACAGCACAAAACUCAAUAUUUCAGAUUAUCGUAUUCAACCAAAGAAAAAAAAAACACGUACGAGUGAGCGCGUCCAAGUUUUCUUGUUUAAACCACAGAUAGCACGACUAUGUACCGUGUGUGACAGUGGCCGAUACUAGCAUGUUCCGCGAAUGGCGGUUGGCCAACGGUCACUCAUUCGACAGAAAGAGAAAAUCAUUUAAAUGCUUUCUAGUUGUGAAGACUGUUUGAUGAAAAAAACAGCCCACAGGGAAGAGAAGGGCGUCCAUCUUGACAUUCAGAUUCAAUGCAUGGACACAUUCAGGCAUCUUAAUGUCAAUCGGACAAAGCCAACACUAAUUAAUGUUGUUUGUUAAUUGAAAGAAUUUGAAAGAAACAGUUACAACUAUGGAGGUACGAUGAGUAAAUGCCUUCAACCAUAGAGAUUAUAAAAUUUGAGAACUCAUUCGAGGUAGAGCUUGCUUUAUCGGCUCUCCUAAAACUUCGAUCGCUUCUUGGGGGAAACAAUGCUAGUUUUGUUUCAAACAUUUAAGAAAUUUCGUUUUUUGAGGAAAAAGGACCUAGGUAGUAGCCAGCCAGUAAUACUGUCAUGCGUCCAUUAAAAUGAAACAAAAAGAAAACAAAUAUACUACAUUCUCCUCUUCCAGUAUUUUCUAACAAAAACCAGUUACGCUAUGCUCUAUUACAUAUAGUGUGUGCUCCUAAUGCCUCAACAAAAACACUCCAACCUGAACAAUGAGGCAAAUUCCAAACAAAAAGAAAAAAGAAAUACAUGAACCCCUAUUUUAGAAACGCGAGAUCUUCAUUGCAGUGAUGUAAAGCUUGCAUUGCAUUCCAGUAAAUUCCAGUGCUAAUAACAUCGAUAGAUGGAGUGCACUUACACAAAAAAGGCCCAGUGCAGAACCAUAGAAGCAAUGGACGUGAAUUAAAAACGCAAGUGCAGCAGUUAUUUUUCUAGAUAAAUCCAUAUCUUAAAAUCACAGAGAUUCUGACUACAUUGUAUUGUCAUCGGAGCUAUGCUCCAUCAAGAUGCCGCUGUUUCAUGUUUAUACCAAGUUCAUUUCAUGAAUAUUCCUUCCUAUUAGCAGAAGGCUAAAGCAAGUAGAUAGCCACAUUAUCAGAGCCAUUAAGCUACCUCAAACGAUAGUAAUUAAAUUAUGCUAGAGAUUUGAUUUAAAAUACAGGUGAAUAUUAAUCAACUCGAUUAUUCACAAUAGCUUAUUUUACGAAAAGUCAGAAUGGGAACGCUAAAACUGAUUGUGUGUUAAGUUCAGUUAAGUCAGAUGACAUACUUGAACGUUCAGUUUAAAUACCAAAAUGUCAUUAUACUCAAUUUAAAUAAAAAAUGAUAAAAUAUUUCCCUAAAUGUGUUUCGUAUUGCUUAGCAACCUCCUGGCCUUACGGCAGUUCUGAAAUGGGCCUUUUUUUUAAGAAUUCUAUGGAUAUAGCACUUGGUCUUGCAAUUAAAUAUAAGGUAGCCAUGACUACAUAAUCCCUUGGGACGAUGCAUUAUUGGAUGGAUAGCUGGAUGGUUGAAUAGAUGGAUGAAGAUUAAAAAGAUGGAGGGAUGGGUUGAUGGAACGAAGAUGGUUUUAUGCAAUGUGGAGGCCGGCAACCCUCCACACACACAGAAACACACAGAAACACACACACACGCACACACACACACACACACACACACACACACACACACACACAUACACACGCACACAGGACAAAAUCCUUAAACAUCUUGUCGUUAACACACACUUAAUUCCAGAGUGCCCGUUUUGCCUCGACAGUAGUAUAUAUUCUGUUGUAGAAAGAGAUGUUCCUCUUAGAAAGCACCCAUAUGAUUACAAUCAUUCUUUUUCAUUACAAAUGUCUGAAAUGCGUCCUUUUUUUCAGUUACAAAGAGAUGGCAAA